GAGAGGCCCAAAUAAACUUCCCUUUACCGUUCGACCCGAAAUCUAAUUCUCUCUCUAAACCCUAAUUACUCUUUCUCCUUCCUUCAUUUCUCUGCAUUUUCGGGCGAAUAGUUGCAGAUCUGUGCUUUCGUUGCGUGUUUCUACAUAUAUUGGAUUUUUGAACUCAGACUUCUCCAGCUGAAGAAAUAGAGAAUACACUUUUCACUGACAAACGUGAUUCAUAUCAUUGUGAUGGGGAGUAGAUUGGGAAGAAGAGUUGUGAACUUCGCAAAUCUUCCAAUUAAACUUCUCAUGCCUUCCUCUUUCUCCAACAUCACUGAGAUCUCCCUCAAAACCAUCCCCUCUGCUUCCAAGAUUGAGAUAAAAAGGGUUUUGGAGUCUCUCUACGGUUUUGAAGUUGAAAAGGUCCAAACCCUUAACAUGGAUGGAAAGAAGAAAAAGAGAGGUGGGCUGUUAAUUGCUAAACCAGACUACAAAAAAGCUUAUGUUACUCUUAGGAAUCCAUUAUCUAUAUCGCCCGACCUUUUCCCUAUCGGAGUGAUCCAAGAGGAAAAGAAGAAUAUGAGCAAGAAAUCUAAGUCUAGCAUUGUUGAGGAUGAUGAACCUAAGAAGACGCAUUGGCUUGACGAGAAGAAAGAUGGAAGGAAUCGGUCAGAGAUGAGAUUUGGUCGUGGCCGUGACCAUCGUAGUGGACAGCGUUCAGAUGUUGGCCGCGAUCGUGGUGGAGAAAGUCGUGAUGUUGGCGCUGCACCAGCAAAGUUUCCUUGGAGCAGUAUGAGGUCAUAUGCUCCUAGGUAGAUCAUUAUUGAAUUUUUAUUGUGACUAAGUAGAUUAUCUUUCUCUUCAGAAUAAUUGAAUUUUGUAUCAAUGGUUGCUUUGCAUCAUGGCAUUGUGUUUAGUCCCAUUAUAAUCGGAUGCUGCUAGUUUACUUCCAACAAGUUAUAUGGAGUUUUAUGUUUUUUUCUUCAAGCAAAA